AAACAGGCGCGAGGCCACGACACCUCCCGCCACGUGCUGGCCUGCUUUGGGGGCGCGGGGGGACAGCACGCCUGCGCCAUCGCCCGCGCCCUGGGCAUGAAGAAGGUUUUCAUCCACAAGUACAGCGGGGUGCUGUCGGCGUACGGGAUGGCGCUGGCGGACGUGGUGCACGAGGCGCAGGUGCCCUGCGCCCUCCGCUACGAGCCGGCCGCCUUCGCCCAGCUGGACGAGCGCAUCGCCGCGCUGGAGCAGGAGUGCCGGCAGGCGCUGGCAGCCCAGGGCUUCUCCAGCGACCAGAUCCGGACCGAGGCGUUCCUGCACCUGCGCUACGAGCGCACCGACUGCGCCCUGAUGUGCUCGGCCAAGGGGCACCCCCCGACCCCCCGCUCCUGCCGUGCCGGGGACUUCGCCGCCGCCUUCACCAGCCGGUACAGGACAGAAUUUGGCUUCACCAUCCCUGACCGCGCCGUGGUGGUGGAUGACGUGCGCGUGCGUGGCACCGGCAGCACCGGCAUCAGCUGCGAGAGCCCGCUGGCACCCAGCGGGGAGCCGCCGCGCGUGGAGACGGUGACGCGGUGCUACUUCGAGGAGGGGUACCUGGAGACGCCGGUGUUCCUGCUGGAGCAGCUCUCCUGCGACCACGCCAUCCCCGGCCCUGCCAUCAUCAUCGACAAGAACAGCACCAUCCUGGUGGAGCCGGGCUGCACCGCCAGCCUGACGGAGCUCGGCGACGUCUGCAUCGCCGUGGGCUCGGGGCGGCCGAGCGCCGUGGGCACGCAGCUGGACCCCGUGCAGCUCUCCAUCUUCUCCCACCGCUUCAUGAGCAUCGCAGGUGGGCACAGCCACCGGGCCGGGGGGCUCGUCCGUGGGGGGGGAGGGGGGCUGUGCCCCCCUGCUCAGGGCCCGCCCGGCCCCUCG